CCUUCCCCGUCACCCUUGUUGUCUGAACGUAACAAAGUCUGGGUUUCAGACUACAUCAAAAGCAAGAUGGCGGCGCCCAAGGCUUCCAAGAAUUUACUCUUUGCUGCGUCUUUUCUGGUUUCUCUCCUUGUAUUCUUCUUAGCUUAUCUAGCCUCCUCCUCCUUGGGCUUUGGUACGCUGUCCAUUAAAAGAGCUGGGAUACUUUUGGGAGUUUUUGUACCCGUAAUUUUCUUGAUAUCCUAUUUUUUGGUGUGGCGAAGUCUUGUUUUGAAGCCGAUGCAAAAUGUACGGGGCAGGGAAAAGGGCCUGGUUUUGCAUCAGUUGUUUCGCACUUGGGCUGCGGUGUUGUUCAUAUUUCUUCUAUUUGCACACUUAAGCCAACCGUGUGUUCUUUUCCUGGGAAAAGUCACCGAAGUCGGCACUGUAUCCUAUCUGUCCUUCGUGUGUUUUGGAGCAUUAUUUAUACUCGGGACUGUUGUCUUAAUAUUUGAGAUCGUGGAAUUUGUUCUGAAGUUAACAAUACUGAAGGGUCUUCAUUGGCAGUGGUUCCAGGAGAAUUGGCUUAUUCUACGGGUUGUUGUGGUGGCGGUGAUCACCAGUGUUUUGGUGGCAGUGUCUUUGAUGACUGCGGCUAAAGGUCCUAUGAUCAAGCCAUUGCAGCUGCCAGUCAGAAAGCUUCCAUUGUCAAUGAAUGGACUACGGAUUGUGCAGCUGUCAGACAUUCACCUUGGACCCACUGUUGGCCGGUCACAACUUCAGCAAGCUGUCGACAUGGCCAAUGACUUGAAACCUGAUAUUGUAGUGAUCACUGGAGAUCUUGUGGACUCUACCGUGGAGAAUUUGGUGGAAGCAGUCAGCCCUCUGCAGCAGCUAAAAGCAACUCACGGUGUCUUCUAUGUUACAGGAAACCAUGAGUACUACACGUUUGAUGUGGACCAUUGGCUGUCCCAUCUGAAGUCUCUGGGCAUAGUUUGCCUGCCCAACAGCUUCGUGAGGAUCGUCCAGCCAGACAAACCGCAGGACUGGUUCUAUCUGGCAGGGACCAACGACAUUGAGGGAAAAAGAAUGUAUGACACGGAGCAUCAUUUUGAUCUCGAUAAAGCUCUUGACGGUACCGACAGUGAUCAUGCAAUCAUCCUAUUGGCCCAUCAGCCCAGGGCUGCCAAGCAAGCUGUCCAAUCACAGUACGACAUUAGCUUAAUCCUCUCAGGUCACACUCACGGCGGACAGAUGUUCCCAGUGAACAUCGCAGCGUACCUCACCAAUCCAUAUUUCGCCGGCAUCUACCAACCAAAAGAAGGGACCUAUGUGUACGUGUCGUCAGGGACGUGGUACAACGGCCCUCCUAUGAGAUUGUUUUCUAGGGCUGAGAUCACUGUAAUAACUCUCCUGGCAUCUUGAGGUCUGCCAGGAAAGCUAUCAAUUAUUGGGGGGUAGACAUAUCAUGUGUGGAAAAAGAGGAGUAAUUCACAAUAGGGUGUGUGUGCAAGUGUCAGCUUUGAAGAGACUUUUUGAAUAUAUCCUGUUGUAGUUAAAGGUAUAGUCCAUCAUUUGUAAUUUGUGCAUUUUGUUCGUUUGAAGCAACAAACGUGCUCAAAAUGUAAAGAA